AUGCCUAAAAGGAGAGCACCCCAAAGAGAUGUUUACGAAGGUCUGGAAUAUCGACAGCCAGCGUACAUGACCGGCUAUACCGGAUAUGUUCCAGGAAUGCACUUUAGAUAUGGACAAUCGUAUGGUAGAGCGGCAGAUGACUGCAUGGCAGACUUCGUUGAAAGUCAACGCGAGUUACGACGUAAAUCCGACCUCAACAGGAGUUUCGUGCGUUCCCGCAGCGCUCCCAAGAUGGAAACUGUCCAUUCACGCGAUGAGAUAGCGCGCGACCUUAACAGAUUUACAGAGAUCAAUAAGUACAGAGAUCACGCAAUAUCACCGGAAUACCCUCCUAUAGCUGGUUACACUGGCCACAUUCCCCGCAUCAAAGGAUCAGAAGCAUCCCUCAGUCAACGUUACCACUGCGCCGCGAAACGUGGCUUGGAGCUCAUCCAAAUGGAACGCGACCAGAGGACGGAACUGGAGAAUGCGGACUCUAAUGUCAGGACCAUCCUCAAAGACCACGAGAACAAAUACUCGUACUGGAAUUGGGGAUAG